AUGACGUUCGAACAAAGAGUAUUGGUUACUGGAGGAGCUGGCUUCAUUGGGUCCCAUUUCUUGAACCAGGUGGUUCCUAAGUACCCCAGAAUUCACUUUACUUGUAUUGAUAAGCUAAGUUACGCAGGUAAUUUAGAUAACUUGAGUCCCAUAGUUAAUGAAAGUAAUUUCAGUUUUAUCAAAUUUGACCUUUCAACAAGGUUGGAUUCACUAAUUGAAUUAUUGAAGUCAAACAAACCGGAUCAAAUCAUUAAUUUUGCUGCUGAAUCAUGCGUUGAUAGGUCUUUUGAAGAUCCAUUAUUUUUCACCUUAAAUAAUGUUAUUGCUACUCAGAAUCUCUUAGAAUUCGUUCGAUUAUUGUGUCCCAGUUGCCAUUUCAUUCACAUAUCUACGGAUGAAGUUUAUGGGGAAUCUUUGAAUGCAAUUCUAAGUGAAUCAUCCAAUCUAAGACCUUCUAAUCCAUACGCUGCUACAAAAGCUUCGAUUGAUUUGAUAUUACAGAGUUAUGUUUCGUCUUUCAAGCUAUCUGUCACUAUUGUAAGAGGUAAUAAUAUAUAUGGUAUAAAUCAAUAUCCUGAGAAGAUUAUACCGAUUUCAAUUCAAUCUUUAAUUAAUCUUAAUCGUAAAGUACCAGUUCAUGGUGACGGACAUUAUAAAAGAACUUAUUUAUACAUUCAGGAUUUUAAUGAUGCUAUUGAAUUACUAUGGUUGCAAAAAAAAUUGGGCAUUUAUAAUGUUGGGGCCGAUAGUCAAGAUGAAAUUGAUAAUCUAUCACUUAUCAAAUUAAUUUAUGAUAAGAUAAAUACAAAGUUAGGUUUGAAAAAUUUCGAAAGUUUGAUUGACUUUGUUCAUGAUAGAAAUUAUAAUGAUUUAAAUUACUCCAUGGAUUCCUCUAAAAUUAAAUCUCUAGGUUGGGAAUCUAAGAUUAGAUUAUCUAAAGGUUUGGAUAUAAUAAUCGAAAAUGAGUUCAACAAAAUGAAUACCUAA